UCUGACUGUCACAGCUUUACGACGCUGGUCCUCUAGCCGGAGUGUGAGCAGCUCUGCUCCUCCUUUAAAUAUCCGCUGUCUGUCUGAUGAAGCUGAAGCUGCUGCUGCAGUUCAGUGAGGGUCGUCAGGAGGAGGAGGGCUGCUGUAAGCGACUUUUCUUCAAAGGAGCAUCUAAAAUCCAGACGCAAUGCAGGCAGAGAAGAAGGCUGUGGACGGCGAUUUGCUCCCUGAUGCCAAUGGCAAAGAUCCCAGCCCGGGGGGACAAACAGAUGGCUCAAAGUGGCAGAGACCCCGGCUUUCACGCAAAUCGCUGAUGAAGUGCUGCCUCGUCAAGUGGAUAAUCGCCAGCACCACGCAGCAAGGGCCAGGAGAUGACACCAGUGACAGUGACCUUGAGCUCUCCAUGGUGCGGCACCAGCCAGAGGGCCUCGACCAGCUCCAAGCCCAGACCCAGUUCACCAGGAAGGAGCUCCAGUCGCUUUACAGGGGCUUCAAAAAUGAAUGUCCCAGUGGGUUAGUAGAUGAAGAAACAUUCAAAACCAUCUACUCACAAUUCUUCCCUCAAGGAGAUGCAACCACAUACGCUCAUUUUUUGUUCAACGCAUUCGACAUGGACAGAAGCGGUUCCAUCCGAUUUGAGGAUUUUGUGUUAGGACUGUCUGUUUUGCUUCGAGGCUCUGUUACAGAGAAACUUCGCUGGGCUUUUAAUCUUUAUGAUAUCAACAAAGACGGCUACAUUACAAAGGAGGAAAUGUUAGCAAUAAUGACCUCCAUAUAUGACAUGAUGGGCAGGUAUACCUUACCCAGCGUACGAGAUGAUUCCCCGUUUGAGCAUGUGGAGAAGUUCUUCCAGAAAAUGGAUCGAAACAGGGAUGGAGUUGUGACAAUAGAUGAAUUCAUAGAAACCUGCCAAAGGGAUGAAAAUAUAAUGGCUUCCAUGCAGCUCUUUGAGAACGUCAUUUAGUUUCUGCAAAGAAAAUUGGACCUUAUAAUGCUUCUUCCUUCAAGCUCUUACUCUGAAGUAAUGCCAAUUGUAUUCUAACAGAGAUGAUUUUUGGCAAGAAAACACUUAGGACACAUGUUUAUAUAAACUAGGAAACCGUUCCUGUAAAAUGUGAACAUGCAAAGAACUGUGCAGUAUCCACCACAUCACUUUAAAAGCUAUGUUUCUUUGCAUGAAAAUGUUUUUAUAUAUAUAAAUAUGAAAAGCAUCCUCACUUCAAGAUGUGCAUGAAUGUUUUCCUGGAGUUGAAAAGCAUGUGAUAAAAACACUUUGGAUGCAAACAAAGGAUUUGUUGUCUUUUUUUUUAUGUUCUUUGAAAUGUAAGUGCGUGAGAAUACUUUAUUAUAAAAUAACACUGUGGUGAUUAAACUUU